GGAACGGCACAUCACUCGGGGCGGUAUGGACCGCCUGGCAACACUUACGGAUCAUAGGUUGGAUUUAUAUCUUUUUUUAAUCCGGUCAAGACCCGUUGAUUGUUUCAGGAGAGAUGAAAGGAGACGUGGGCGUGUCGUACGAAAGGAAUCUGUUCUUACUCUUCGCCGGUAUACGCUAUGCGAUGCCUCCAAUCGGAAACCUCACAUUCAAGGUACGAUACAUAAUUAAAUUUAAAACGACACUAAAAUUUUGUAUAGGAUCCGGUUCCUGUGAAGAAGAACUUCAACCUAGGUCGAAAGGUCGACUGUUUCGAGGUGAACCCCUUGGACGAAAGGCUCAUCGGAGAACAAGACUGCCUGUUCCUCAACGUCUUCACACCGGUGCCUUAUGUGAAUAAGAAGAUGCCAGUUUUGAUAUGGAUACAAUGAGAAGCUUUACCGCUAGAUAGCAACAGGGGGAGCGUCUAUCACCACAUGAGACUCAUGGAUUACGACAUAAUCGUCGUGACUUUAAGCUACCGUCUCGGCCCUUUAGGAUUUGCCAGUUUGGGCGAGAAGGAUUUCCCAGGCAACUACGGUCUCAAGGACCAGAAGAUGGCCAUUGAAUGGGUUUUGAAGAAUAUCUUGUUCGGGGGUGAUCCAGAAAGGAUAACGCUCGUCGGAGAAGGUGCUGGCGCGUCUUAUACCCUGUUCCAUCUCAACGGUGACUUGGCUGGCCGGGUGCGACGAGGUAUCGCGCUGAGCGGGUCGAGGUUCGCGCCUUGGGCUUUGCCUGAGAAGAACUUCGUCCGGGAACGGACUUACGAGCUCUUCUACCCGCUCGGAUGUUUCGACGCGGACGACUUCACAUUGGACUCGGACUGCCUGGUGUACCAGGACCACAAGGACAUUGUUAAGACAGCGUUCAACAUUUUCCAAAAGAAGACCCCUUGGGUAAAGGCGAUAAUGAACGUUUUCAUGCCAGUCGUGGACGGUAGUACGAUUCGUACUCACCCUUGGAAAUCCAAGCAGAUGAGGAAUUUCAGCCUCCUAUUAGGCUUAAAGAAAGAUGAAACCGAGGUGGUGAGAGCUCUCGCUUCCAAGUACGCUUGGUCGAAGAACAUGUACUGGGAGUCCUUCUGCUAUAACAUCAGAGAGCACAAAGUGCCUUGGAAAUGUUCCGAAUAUGCCAUUUCGAAAAAGCUAGUUGACGAGUACAACCUCGAGGUUAACUGGAAGACCGGCGUGUUGGAUAUGACCGCGGACGAGUGGUUCACGUUCUCGGUGAUGUUGGAGGCGUUGCACCACGGAGGACCUUUGGACGCGUUCAUGUACGACUUCAACAUCUUUCCGUCUUCGAAGAAAUGCUCGAAGAGGUACAAAGUGCCGUUCAUGGACGUGCUCGACCCAUGCCCACCUUUCUACAAAGGGUUCGAUACCCUGGUCGGCAAGUUCACAGAGCUCAUCGCUUCGUUCGUACAUGGAAGAGAGCUAAAUCUGAAACCUUACUCAGAAGUCAGACAGCUUUUCAAUAUUACAAAGGCUAUCCGCUUACCAGAAGCUUUCGCCGAUAUCGACGUAAACUUGUCGAAGAGAAUGAAGAAGUGGACGCGUUGGUACAAGAAGUGAAAAUAAAAUCAUGCUCAAGAGUUUUGCUCUGUCAUCUCCGUUUAUACAUAACCUAUCCAGAUACUAGUAAGCUAGAUACAUGAAGUUCGUUUCCAUUAGAAUCCUGAUACUUCCAGGAUGCACAACAACUCAUAACGUCAAGGUUUCCUUCCUAAUUUACAUGUCAUGCUAGAACCUCUUUUGAUUCCAUUCUAUUUCUGAUACUUUUCAGGCAACACCAUGUCCUCAUAACCUCAAGGUUGCGAUCUUAAUCUUUAUUGAGCAGUACCAGGAUCUCAGGUUGUUCUAUACCUAAACCUUGGAACCUAAAAGGUAUCCUAGUACCUUUUAGGUACCACCAUGGCGUCAUAAUCUCAAGAUUUCAUUCAUAACCUAGAUGCAUAUCACGCAAUACCAGGAGCCCAUGGGUUUCCUUCCGGAUUCUGAUACCUUUCUGUCUACACCAAUACCUCAUAACCUCAAGGAUUCAAUUCUAAU